GGUACUGUGACGUGAGUAAACCUGGUGAUUCGAUUGGCUGUGAGGCACUGUGUAUGAGGUCACAGAGGGGCUGUGCUGGCGAUGUUUACAGCUCCGCUGCGGGGUUUGUGUUGCUGAAGAUUGGCCGCGGGUCGUGUCGUCGUUGAUGUCUCUUCGUCUCCUCACCGUCUCAAUUUACUUGGGCUGUGUGUGGAAAAAAAAUGUAUUUCCCUUAGCCGAGUCCUGUCACUGAAAAAAAAACAAAACACACACGCACGCACCGAAGAGACUCCCUGCACGCUUUUGUGAUCAGAGAGAAAAAAAACACCCCAGAAAGAACAAGGAAAAGUCGAAUUCGUCGCCUUGAACCGAACAAAAGGAAAAGAGAAAAAGUCCGUCGGGUUUUGUUUCUGGGCUCGGUGAACGAAACCGAAGUAAAAAAAAACCAACAAAAAAAAGAAUCUUCACCGAAGCCAGUUUCGUUCAAAACAAUAAUUAGUUUCCAACGUUUGAUUCGACGUCAAAAAAAGUCGGAUUGAAGAAAAAAGAGGGUCGUUUAUUUUCUACCCCCUCCCCCUUCUGUUUGAGACGGCUGAUGAGUCCUGGAGAAGAGUUGAUCAAAAUGAAAACUGAAAUCACAACUGCCGUCGGCUUUAUUACCAGACUGCUGAGGACGACAGGGCUCAUUUCUGACGAGCAGCUCCAACAUUUCAGCGAGUCGUUGGAGAAAUCUUUGGCAGAACACUACCGACACCAUUGGUUCCCCCACAUGCCCUGCAAAGGAUCGGGCUAUCGAUGCAUUAGGAUCAACCACAAAAUGGACCCGCUGAUAGCAAGGGCGUCCAACAUCAUCGGGCUCAGCAGUCAACAACUUUUCCAACUUUUGCCAAGUGAAUUGACUCUGUGGGUCGACCCGUUCGAGGUGUCCUACCGAAUAGGUGAAGACGGGUCCAUUUGUGUUCUUUAUGAAAAUGUACCUAGCAGCGCGAUCUCCCCCUUGGAUAGUAUGAUAAGUUGCAAGGAUGAAUUUAGAAUUGGCAGAUCGAGUCCCUCUAAGAGUUACAUGAUGACUGUUUCAAGUUAAUAAUUCAUUUACACAUACAACUGUUAUUGUACAUUAUGCGGGCCCCUUUGAUAAUGUAGUGAAAUGUUGAUCCCUAGUUAACUUUUAGUGCGACUGCCAAAACCUUUGUUUGAUGUGGCCAGUGGCUAUAUGCAAAACUGUUUUUGCACCACAUUAAAUUCCUGGAUUGUAUAUUGUAAAAACAUGUACAGUCAAUGGAUAAUUGUGUUUUACAGAUUUAUAUUUUAAGAUAAGCCAUGGCUGUUUGUAAUAAAACAUCAAAAUGAAUCCA